CUCCAAGGGUAGGGCCGGCGACUACAUACCUACCCACCUAUACCAAAAUCGAAAUCGCCGGCAUGUCCAACGCAUGGGAAUCAGAAAGGGAGCCACCCUCAGCUGGCGAGGCAAACGGUCACCAUGAUGACACAUUAGCUGCAACAGCAACGCCUACGCAACCCCCACCGCGAACGAGUGCCGCUGCGGCCAACUCGCACCACCCAGAGCUCGAUGCCACCAAGCUCCAAUCACUGCCGGCGGACCAACAAGAACUCUUCUUGCUGUCCUUUACCUCAACCCUGACCAAGCAUGUCUUGGCCCUCGAACCCGACGAUUGCACGGCCCAACAGUUCUAUCUCAAAAAGGAGAUCUUCCAGAUCAUAAACCUACCGAGCCCCACCCCGUCGCGCGUCAUCAGGAACAACAUCGCCAAGUGCCUGGCCCACGUCCUCGGCACCGGAGACAGAAAGCUGCUUUUCGAGACCAUAAACGAGCUGAGCGCUCUAAUUGCCGCAACCAAGUCCAAGACCGAUGGCGACUCCAAGGCCCGCCAUGCUGCCGUCGUGGUUCUGGGCGAUGUCUUUGGGUCUGCGGGGGACAGUGCCAUUGGCCUACAUCAGAUGGCCUGCGGGAACUUACUCAAGCUCCUCAAGGCGUCACAGAACCAUGCUGGCAUGCGUUCAUCCAUCUUUGUUGCACUGUCCAAGAUUGUCAGAAUGAUCGAGGCAAGCUUGGAUGAGACUUUGGCCAGGGACAUAUGGAAGCAGGCUAGAAACCAUGCAUCCAGUGAUAAAGGGUCUUUGGUGGUCAUUUCUGCCUGCCGUUGUGUCAAGGCCCUGGUCCGCCACACGCCAUACUUUGACAACUCCAGCGAUUUUGACAGUCUGAGCAGGACGACCUUCAAGACUAUAGACAACACUUCGGUACAAGCCCGCCAUGCUGCUGUCGACUGCUUUGCAGAGAUAAUGGUGAAGAACUAUUCCGAACUUGGGGCGGCAGAGACAGCCAAGAACAAGAAGAGCAGAUCAAAGUCGGCAAAGCGAGCGACGCAAGCAGGGGCACUUCAGGAUGAGGACGCUAUUCCAGCCAGGUCCGAAAGUCCUGCGCCAACCAAAAAGGCCCAGGAUCUGGCAUUAUCGCUGACCGACAUAUUGAAAACGCUAUCGACUCAAUAUGUGCGAUCGUCCACGUCCAACAGGGCUAGGGUAGCGCUGGGUGUCUGCCAUGGCCGAGUUCUUCAACGUCUGGGAGAGAAGACGGUCGAGAUCAACUUCAUCAAGCUAAUUGAGGCUUUGUCUAACGAUAUUCUUGGCCAUUCGAAUAUAUCAAACAGUCGGUACAAGCUACUUGCGUCGCGCCGCAUAGUCGAUACCAUUAUCCAGGAUAUGGUCGGGAAGAAUAUCUUGGGCGAAUCUGGUCAGGCCUCGGCUGCAAAAGCCAUCAUCAACGACAUCUUGAAGAACUACCCUCAGUCAUUGAAGGAGCUGUCAGAGCCGAGCAAGAACACUCUAAUAGCUGCACUGGGAGCAUUAGCAUCUCUCAUCCAGUCUCUGGGGUCUGCAGCGAACAAUUUUGCAGAAGCCUGUAGAGACGCCCUUCUGCAGGUCCUGCAGCAUCCCAGCUACAGCGUUCAAGUGUUCGCCUCAUCUUGUAUGAAGACUUUUGUUCUGGCAUGUCCGCAGCAGCUACUACCUUGUCUCUCGGUCUGCAUGAACAGCUUGGGCCGAGAGCUUGGUUUGUUGGGAACCGGACGCAACUCGCCGAGGCGAUGUGUUGGCUUUGCACAUGGCCUUGCUGCCGCUCUUAGUGCUAGCCCCUUGCGACCGUUGCAUGGAUCGGUAGAAAUCAACAGCAGAGUUCUAAACAUGGCAACCAAUCUGCUGAAAUCAAGUGGCACCAUGGAACUACGCGUGGCCAGCACGCAGAUUCAGGUCGCAUGGACUCUGAUCGGCGGGUUGAUGUCGCUUGGCCCUAACUUUGUCAAGAUUCAUCUGUCGCAGCUUUUGCUGUUAUGGAAGAAUGCCUUGCCAAAGCCGCUCGCCAAAGAUAACAGUUCGUCGCGGAACUACUUGGAAGUGUCGUUUCUUACGCACGUCAGAGAGUGUGCCCUUGGGUCCAUCCUCGCAUUCCUAGAGUUCAACAGUCGACUGCUGACCGUUGAUGUCUCGAAACGCAUCGCCACGAUGCUGCAGCACACCACUGCAUACCUAAAAACGCUACCGGCAAAGAGAACCACGGACGAUAUCUCACAGCGUUUGGCGCCGGCUCUACAACUAUACGAUCUGGACAUGAUGGUUUCACGAAGGGUGCUGCAAUGCUAUACGAAACUGAUUAAUCUUAGCCCACCUGGCGGCACCGAAGCGUUGCUACAGUCGAACCUCUUGACACUGGCUAUUUCGCUCUUUGCCGACCCUGAUAACUACACACCGAGCUCCCUCAGUGCUACCAUCGCAAACGCAGCAGGCGCUUUUGAUACAAUUUGGGAUGUUGGCGACAAUGCCGGCUUCGGUGUCACGGGGCUUGUGCGUGGUUUCAGCGUUAAGCCAUUGCCUGGCCAGCACGAAAACUCGACCGAGCCGUCGCCCAUCGAUGAAAGUGGACCAGAGGCAGCCAUGGAAAAACUCCUGAUGUCUCCAGUCUGCGGCUCAUUGGAGCACGACGCCUCGGUGCUCUACAUUGGCCAGUAUCAGCCGGACAGUGGUCUAGAAAGCCUCCCUGACCCACCGGCGACCGAGGUGGUGAACGUAGCGAUCCAGCUGUUCGCUUUCGUUUUGCCCCUGACACCACCCAAGGUUCAGGAGAGCAUCUUGGAGCAAAUUACAACAUUCCUCUCUGCUGGUUCGCUUCAGAGGGAGACUGGAAGGAAGGCAGCCAUCAACGUGAAUAUUGCCAUAGCGAUUUUAUAUACCCUCAAGGUGGCUGUUAAGGAGACUCAAGCGCCACGAGGCGACGUUACCAACAUGGCUGUCGAGAAAUUGCUACAGGAAAUGAUCAGGGACUUUGUCCUAAGUCCAGACCAGUAUGUGCGCAGCAUUGGAUACGCCGCGGUCGCUAGGCUCUGCAGCACAUGUGGUAACGCCUUCACCAACCACGAGAUCAAGUACCUUGUCGAUACGAUCGUCAUCAACAGAGAACCGAGCGCUCGUGCUGGCUGUGCCAUGGCCCUGGGCUGCAUACAGACGAAAGUAGGAGGCAUGGCGGCUGGAUAUCACCUCAAAACCAUUCUGGGCAUCAUUAUGUCUCUCUGCAACGACCCACACCCUACUGUACACUUUUGGGCUUUGGAAGCCUUCUCUCGCAUGGCGGACGCAGCGGGCCUAGGAUUCUCUGCCUAUACCUCCAGCACUUUGGGCAUGUUGGCUCAGCUAUACGUCUCGGACAACCACAAUGCGGAGACAGGCUCCGCAGUCUCCAUGAGCUUGGAAGUCGAGCUUUGCACGCCAGGGGCAAUUGCGAGAGGUAUUGACUCCAUCAUCAACGUCCUAGGGCCCGACCUCCAGGACUCGACCAAGUCGAGAGAGUUGAUCUUUGACCUCGUUGGUCAAUUUAUCGGCGAAGAAGACUCCCAGGUCCAGCUUGUUGCUUUGAGCUGCAUGGAACAUUUGUCCAUGUUUGCACCAGGCUUUGUCGAUUUCAAAGACUACGUCAGGCUGCUGCAAAAGCAUAUCAAUUCAAAGCAUCCUUCGCUUCGGGAUGCUGCCGUGGAUGGACUCUACAGUCUGAUGAAAAGGGAUUCCAAAGACGUUAUUCAGGCUGCCGAAAAGGGAUUCGAGGACGAGCUGUGGCUGGUACUCGACACUUGUCCGUCUCACGAUGGUAUUCGCAAUUUGGUGCGCAACUGGCUGCAACAGACCUGUCUCUCUGACACCACCGGCUGGCUCCAGCGCCUGCAAGGUGUUCUCAAGAUGACGAGAACAAAAGUUGUAGAGACUGCCAAGGUCAGCACUGGCAGGUCUAAUGCCAUAAUUGACCUCCAGGACGAAGAGGUUGCCGGUUUUGCUGCUGCAGGUGGGGUAGCAAAAGACGACAAGGAGUCUGCCGGUGGUUCCGACGUAGAGGCCCUGAGAUGGCAGGUGAUGACGUUUGUCAUGAGCUGUUUGAAUGAUAUAUUUACCCUCAUCAGCAAGGAGGUAGCCACACAUGGCGAGUCGGCUGCGCAGACGGCGCUGCAGAACAAGGUCGCAGAUGUGGUGAGGAUGGCCUUCUCGGCUUCAACGGCUGGCGUUCUGGAGCAGCGAAUAUGGGGACUGAAGAUCAUCGGGUCUGUGUUGAAGAUGUUCGGGAAAACACCUGAUCCCGACUUCGAAGAAGCCAUGUUGUUGGAGCAGUACCAAGCGCAGAUCAGCUCCGCAUUGACACCAGCCUUCGCUGCGGACUCGUCUCCCGAGUUGGCGUCAGAGGCCGUCAACGUGUGUGCUGCAUUCAUCGCCACAGGCAUUGUGACCGACGUUGACCGCAUGGGUCGUAUUCUCAAAACUCUCGUGGCAGCCCUGGAGAAUUUUGCAACAGAGAAAGAAAACGUUGGCAUCGGAGAACUCAAAGGUCUGAGUUCUAACGCGCAGGUCAUGGUUAAGAUGUCUGUGUUCGCCGCCUGGGCAGAAUUACAGGUUGCAAGCUCCGAGCAAAAGUAUCUUUUCGAAGUGCUCAAAUCACACAUUGGCACGUUGACGCCCCUGUGGCUCGAGUCGCUAAGAGAGUUUGCUCGCCUCAGAUUCGAGCCAGACAUCUCCAUGACACUUGGGCCCCCAUCUCUUUCAGGAAGUUUGGACACCAUUUACGCCGCUCUCAAUCGGGAAACCCUUCUUAAGUUUUACCAGGAGUCUUGGCUCAAACUAGUGGAUGCCAUUGCCAGCUUGAUUGAGCAGGACAGCGAGUUUGUCUUCGAUGCCUUAGAUGGCAAGGAAACCGAUGGGCCGGCAUCAACAUCAAAAGGCAAGGCCAAGAGCGCAGACAUUAACUACCGAGAUGAACCGGUUGCAUUCUUCUUUGUCCUGUUCGGUAUCGCCUUCGAAGCCCUUGCCGCGAAGCCAGGACAGCCGGACUCGUUGGCCACUCAGGCGCAGACCCUCGAGAUUCUUCGAGCACUCAGGAAGAUCCUUCAUCCGAGUGUUUCUGGGCACGCAAUCUACCGCGAGGCCAUCUUUACCGAGGCCAUGGACUUGCUCGAUCGCCUGGUUCUGACUGAAGGUCUAGAUGUGCAGGCCGUUAUAGUGCAGAUUGCACGCGCACUUUGUGUAGCCCAUCCAGCAGCAAGGAAGCGGGCCGAUCAGGCUGAUAGUGGUGAGCUGUCUGAGGAUAUCGAACAGCUUUUUGAGCUCACUCGCAUCAUUGUUUUGGUUCUGUCUGGUCUGCUGCCAAACUUGACUACAGAUGCAGCAUCGGGCGGUCAGCAGCCAUCUGCCGUACGCCACCAGAUGACUGAGGAAGCCAUCACUCUCGUCAGGACAUCUCUGAACGCACUCGUGGACGCAGCUGAAGUGUUCCCAGCUAUCAUCAGGACAGACCUGCACGCCUGCAUCAUACACAUAUUCGCUACUAUCCUUGCCACACCUGCGUGCCAGCAAAUAAUUGUUCCGCAGUCACUUCCUACUCUCAAACGGUUCAUUGGGAUCUCAUCUCAUUCGCAGCAGCCGGGAGCAGAGGGGGGAGAUGGUAGCGGUUCACAGACUACUGCGCAGCUUCAGGGCUGUCUCCGCCGUUUUCUGUCCAUAUACCUGCAUGCUCAGAAACGCGAGGCACCUACGUCUCUCAGUUGCGUCAAGAAUUGUCUGCUAGCGAUCACGAUCCUUUUCACCGGUGGCAAAAACUACAUGUCUGCCAAUGACCCUCUGGUGGCCAAAUUCCUCGACGAGGUGGUGGAUUGUCUUUCGGACAGAAUGACGGCCAAGAUAGCAGCCAACUGCAUCCGCUCGCUUCUUGUUCAAGCAAACCCUACGGCAGCGGACCAAUCGAUAGCCCGCUAUCUGCUCCCACGCCUCGUCGUGUUUGUGACGAACACCGAACCUGAGGACCCUGAGCGUGCACGGGCACUCGUAUCGCAUGCACUGACUUCAUUUGUCGCAGCUGUUCCGCGUGAUCACGGCGACGCUGUUGCUGUGGCCAUGUCGCUUGUCAUGCCAGCUUUGCUGGCCAGGGCCGCUGCUGAAGAGGAAGACGAGGGCGAAGAGGGGACGGUGUACAAGGAGACAAGUGCUUGCCUGCUUCAGCUGGCCUCGGUUGAUCAGAAGUUCUUCAGAGGUGUUGUGGCGGGGAUGAGCGAGGGGCAGAAGGCAUUUAUGGAGGAAGUCAUCAGGAGUGGGCGGAGGACGGCACAAGAAAAGGAUAGCGGGGCGGCUAGUGGGCAGCCUAGUAUUGCUUUGAAGAUGGACUUUGGAGGUUAGUAGUUCAGUGGUAUGUAUGAAGAAAGAUGGUUGGGUGUUGGUAAUAUAAAGGCGUUUGUGAACAUUUUAUGUGCUAGCAGCUGCCUGGUAUUUGUGAUAUAUAUGAGCCCGUGGUAUCUCCGUGUAUAGAAGCAGCUUUCUCGCUCGAAGAGCAAAUGCAGCUAGGAUGUCUCCAUUUUUGUCAAUAAAAAAAAAGCCGAUUAAGCUGUUGCCUGUCUCUAGGAGGCGGCAGAGUUCAGGACAAGCCCUGGACCAUUUCGAGAG